AAGUCCAUAUGGCUAUGUAUGAUGAAGAUCUCUUGAAAAAUCCCUUUUAUUUGGCCAUUCAGAAGCGGCGUCCUGAUCUCUGUAGCAAAGUUGCGGAAUUUCAUGGUAUUGUGUUAGUUCCCUGCAAAGGAAGCCUUUCAAGCAACAGUCUCUCUACCUGCCAGUUUGAAUCCUAUGUUCUAAAACCACUUGAAGAAAACUUUCAGACCUUAAAUGGAAAGGAGAUCUUUAUACAAGGAAACAUCAUUAUUUUAGGAACUGGUUUUAAUUACAACCUCUCAGUGCCUGUUCUUUUUGAGGAAACAUUUUACAAUGAAAAAGAAGAAAGCUUUAGCAUAUUGUGUAUAGCCCAUCCACUGGAAAAAACAGAAAGCUCAGCUGAAUCUACAGCUUCAUCAAUUUCCUACUCUCUUAAAAAUAUCGAAGAUGCGAGGGAAUUCUUGGGAAGGCACUGUGAGAGAUUUGAUAAAUACAUAGGAUCUUUCUACAGAACAUUUAAAGAACAUGAAAGGAAAAGCCUGCGUCACUACAUAGAUUCGGUCAAUGCACUGUAUACCAAAUGUCUCCAGCAUCUCUUGAGAGAUUCACACUUGAAGGUGCUUGCAAAGCAAGAAGAGCAGAUGAAUCUGAUUAAACAAGCAGUAGAAAUGUAUGUUCACCAUGCUAUUUAUGAUUUAAUUUUUAAAUAUGUGGGGACUAUUGAAGCAAGUGAGGAUGCUGCUUUUAACAAAAUCACAAGGAGCCUUCAAGAUCUCCAGCAAAAAGACAUUGGAGUAAAGCCUGAGUUCAGCUUUAAUAUACCACGGGCAAAACGAGAACUGGCUCAGCUGAACAAAUGUACUUCCCCUCAACAGAAGCUGCUCUGUCUACGAAAAGUGGUACAAAUUAUUAUGCAGUCUCCUAGCCAAAGAGUUAACAUGGAGACAAUGUGUGCAGAUGAUCUUCUCUCUGUUUUACUAUACUUACUUGUAAAAACAGAAAUCCCAAACUGGAUGGCCAACCUGAGUUACAUCAAGAACUUCAGGCUUUGCAGUUCAGUGAAGGAUGAAUUGGGAUACUGUCUAACCUCAAUUGAGGCAGCGAUAGAAUAUAUCCGACAAGGCAACCUUUCUGACAGAUCAACAGAAUCUGAAAGACUGUGUGACAAGUUGCUUUUGAGACAAAGGAUGAACUUGUUGUCCCAGAUGUCUACCACUCCUAUAGAUUGCUUGUUUAAGCAUAUUGCUUCAGGUGAUGAAGAGGAAGUGGAGCGAUUAUUAAGUCAAGGUGACAGUGAUAAAGACACUGUGCAGAAAAUGUGUCAUCCACUCUGUUACUGUGACAAAUGUGAAAAGCUGGUUUCUGGGAAGCUGAAUGAUCCUUCCAUUGUCACGCCAUUUUCCCGAGAUGACCGGGGAUACACACCGCUUCAUAUAGCUGCUAUAUGUGGGCAAACAUCAUUAGUGGAUGUAUUAGUAGCCAAAGGAGCUGUUGUCAAUGCUACAGACUACCAUGGUUCAACUCCCCUUCACCUUGCCUGUCAGAAGGGGUAUCAGAAUGUCACGCUACUCUUGCUGCAUUAUAAGGCAAGUACUGAUGUGCAGGACAAUAAUGGAAAUACUCCACUUCAUCUAGCCUGCACUUAUGGUCAUGAGGAUUGUGUCAAAGCUUUAGUCUACUAUGAUGUACAUUCCUGUAGAUUAGAUGUUGGUAAUGACAAGGGAGAUACCCCUCUCCAUAUAGCUGCUCGUUGGGGCUAUCAAGGGAUCAUAGAAGUGCUUUUGCAAAAUGGGGCCAACCCGGACAUUCAGAACCGAAUGAAAGAGACGUCCCUCCAGUGUGCAUUAAAUUCCAAGAUUUUGUCAUUGAUGGAAUUAAACUAUCUAAAAUUUGAAAGGGGACAAAGUGCUUCUGAGUCACCGCUUAGGUCUCCUCAGCGGUCAACAGAAACUUUCAGCAGAGGAUCAUCUGUCUCAAGCUUGUCAUCGGUGUCAAUUGAUAUAAGACAAGAAGAAGUAAAGAAUACUUAUAAAGAGGUGGAAAAACUCCUAAGAGCAGUUGCUGAUGGAGAUCUGGAGAUGGUACGCUAUCUCUUGGAAUGGAUGGAAGAUGAUCUAGAAGAUGAGGAUGACACAGUCAGUCCAGCAAAACCAGAAUUCUGCCAUCCGUUAUGCCAGUGCUCAAAAUGUGGCCCAGCACAAAAGAGAUUUUCAAGGAUCCCUGCUAAUGGGCUUGGAGUAAAUGUUUCGAAUCAAGAUGGUUUUACACCGCUGCAUAUGGCCGCACUGCAUGGGCACUCUGAACUUGUCUCUCUCUUGUUGAAAAAUGGAGCCAAUAUCAGCGCCAAGAAUGCAAAACAUGCAGUUCCCCUUCAUUUAGCCUGCCAGAAGGGUCACUUCCAGGUAGUCAAGUGUCUGAUGGAUUACAAUGCUAAACAAAAUAAGAAGGAUAUAUAUGGAAAUACUCCAUUAAUUUAUGCAUGUUCGAAUGGUCAAUAUGAGACUACAGCCUUGUUAUUGCAGCUUGGAGCCUGCGUUAACCUCUGUAACGCCAAAGGGAACACGGCGCUGCACGAGGCGGUGCUGGGGAGGAACGAGGCGCUGGUGGAGCUGCUGCUGCGGCACGGGGCGCUGCCGCACGCGCGCAAGCGGCCCCGCCCGCCGCCCGCCGCCGCCGAGCCGAAUUCAAAUAUCAUUAAGUUGCUGGAAACAGCACCAAGCUAUGGACCUACAUCAGAAGAGAGAGAAAAGGAUUGUGAGCAGCAUGCUACUAUCAAGAUAAGAAGAAAAGUGAAUUCUAAGCCCUGUGAGCCAGCCGAUGAUCCCAUAAGCAGACAACUGCAACUGGUCCAAUCAAUUAACAGAUUUAACAAAGCAAAACAUUUACGGAGAACAAUAACAAGAGAUAAAAGUGUCCCUAAUUUUGAUUAUCAGUUAUUGCAUCAGUUAGCUAUUAAAAGCUUUGAUAAAACCAAGUUAAAAGCUGUUGAAACGCUGGACCAGAGCAAAGUUAAGAUUAUUAACACAGGCUGCAGUGGUGAAUUUGUGAAACAUGGUGAUGUGAGAGAAGCUCCUGACAGGAGUAAACUAAUGCACCGAAGACACACGGUUGAUGUGCCGCUUUCAGCAGAGGAUGUCAGCGAUGAAAGCGGUUUAGGCAGUCCUAGAAAUCCCAGUGCUUUACAGUCAGAAGAGUGCAGUGAUGACUUGCCUUAA